CCUCCCCCCUUCUCCCCUUCUCCUACCCACAGUUGCAUGCGGGAACAUGGGCUUAAUAACAGGACUUUGUGCUUUCUUUUACCAUUUACCACAAAUAUACAAAUGGCUACUAAAACCGUAUUAUAUCGCAUCAGUCCUCAUGUGUGCCGCAUUCCCCAUAGUUCGGAAGGCACCGGGACUGUGCGAGCACUUGCCAACUGAACGGGACGACGGGAAUUCGUGCAACUUGGACUGGAGAGAAGUGGAGAUACUCAUGUUCCUCAGUGCGAUAGUUAUGAUGAAGAACAGGAGAGCAAUCACCCUGGAGCAACACCUGGGGAAUCUGUUCCUGUUCACUAAAGUGGCCAAUGUCAUCCUCUUCUUCAGGGUGGACAUUCGACUGGGCAUCUUCUACCUCGCCCUGUGUGUCGCCUUCCUCAUGACCUGCAAAGUCCCGGUCUACAUGGGCCCAGAGUAUAUCAAGUAUUUCAGUGACAAGACCAUAGAUGAGGAGCUGCAGAAGGAUAGCCGCCUCACCUGGAUCGUUGAGUUUUACGCCAACUGGUCCGCCGAGUGCCAGUCCUUCGCGCCUGUCUUUGCCGACCUCUCCCUGAAGUACAACUGUGACGGUCUGCGGUUCGGGAAAGUGGACAUCGGCCGAUAUGGUGAAGUGUCGGAGAGGUACAGGGUUAGCACCUCCCCCUUGGCGAGGCAGCUACCCUCAUUGGUGCUUUUUCAGGGCGGGCAGGAAGUCAUGAGACGCCCAAUGGUGGACAACAAGAGGCGCGCAGUGUCAUGGACUUUCAGUGAAGAAAACAUCAUCCGUGAGUUCAACCUGAAUGAGCUGUACCAGAAGUGUAUGAAGCUGGGUAAGGGUAAGGGGGAGAGGGGAGAGGAGCAGGACCCCGCUCUGCCUGAAGAGGGCGACAAUGAGCCACAGGCCGAUUCAACCGACCCAAAAGAGCCAACGGAAAGCAAGAAAGACAAGUGAGAAGAGGAGAGAUAUACUGGUGUUAAGUGCCAUUGUAAACAUUAACACACAGUGCAACUCUUAUUAUAUAUUAACCAUAGCAACCAAAAAGGAGUAGUCAGUGACAUGUUAGCAACAUCUAAACAUUUCAGUUUUGAAGUCUUAAAUUAUUUGUGUAAAAUUCUGCCUAUUUGACAUUUGUAAAAAACUGUUGAAAAUGUUAUGACUUCACUCACAGACUUGCUUUUUCCAUCAUUUACCUGGAGUGUUUCAGUACACUAGUGUGCUUAUUAGUGCUUACCUGCAUCCUUUGUACACAUUCGUAUAAGAACGGUUAAUGCCAAAUUAUAAAGCCAAUCCUUCUUGCAUUUUAAUAAAAGAAUACAAUUUCAGUC